AGCUAAACAGAUUUCUACAGAUACUUUUUUAAAUGCAAAUAUUACUUGGACAGAAAUCCUAAAAAUUUUAAUGCAUUUGACAUUGUCAUGUUUUUAUGUAUAAUAAUGCUACUGUCUGCUUUAAUCAAUGGGCUUAACCAACUUACAUUUUAGGACCUAUUAUCCAAGCUGACAAAGUUUGGAUGCCAGAACUAAGGAAGUGACCACUACCACCCCACCCAUCCAAGUCUGCUGCCAUGUCGGACUCUCUCGGGUCUCGCAGCAGUGACAUCUCGGGAGGCUGCAGUGUCAUCAAUGCUGCUGGAGGGCUUGCCAACAGACCUUUUGUUAGGAUGGACGUGGCUUGCGUCAUUGAUCUGCAGGAGACGGACUGCCUCAAUCAAAGACGGAGAGCCUUUGAAGAGGUCAAAGCUGCUUGCCAUUCACUCGGAGCAAACUUCCAUCAUAUUCAAUAUGAGCGCGUUGACUUUGGAGAAACAAACGUGCUGGAUCAGCUGUACAACGCAGAUGUGGCUGUGGUGGAUCUAAGUGUGGUGUGCCAGCAGCGGUCUCUCUUCUACCACGUGGGUGUGCGUGAGAGCUUUGACAUGCGCCACACAAUCAUCCUCUACAACGACAGCAAUGCUAAGGCCACCAAGGCGCUCAGGUCCUCGUGCGUGAACUACGACUUUGUGUCGUAUCGCGUAACAGAGCAGCCUGGCUUGGCAACGUCAGCGUCAGGCACUCACUUGAGCGCCAGCAGCAGCAGCUGCACUGCCUUGGGCCAGGUUAUUGUGACCGACACUAGCAACCGACUGUCAACUACAGCCCUCGUAGGUGGAGGCUCGAGUCCUUCUUCAUCUCAGUCUGAUGACGGCGAGAGCACUCGGCCCAUGUCACUCGUCACGAAGAUAAAGAAGCUCCUACAGGAAGUCGAGUUACAAGCCAAAGCCCACAUGAAAGAGAAGUUCCUCGCGGACCUGCGCAAAGCUCGGGAGAUUUACAGCGGCGCUGACCUGAAGGCGCAGCUCAGCAUCCUCAGGAAGAGGCUUGAUGACCCCAACAUCCUCAGCGGGGAUGUGGUGCUGCAAGUCCUGUUCUCCCUGCGGGACAUUCAGGACUAUGACGCGAUGGUGCAGCUCAUAGACUACCUCAAGUCUCUGCCAAACCGCAAGCUGUACACCAGUACCCCCGCCAUCAGAUAUCUCUAUGGAUUUGCACUUAACAGGCGCAACAAAGAGGGCGACCGCGAGCGAGCGCUUGACGUCAUCACGAAGGCCAUGGAGAAGAAGGAGAAUCAAGUGCCGGACAUGGUGUGUCUCUGCCCGUCUUUGUUUCAGGACAAAUUUGUUGAAUCUGGCCACACAGACUCUGAAAGUUUGAACAACGCCAUCUACUGGUACAGGAAAGGCUUCGAUGAUCACCCCAACGAGUACGCUGGCAUCAACCUGGCCACGCUUCUUGUCAUCGCUGGCAACGACUUUGCUCAAUCCUCUGAACUCCAGCACAUCGGCAUGGUGCUCAACAACCUGAUUGGCAAGAAAGGGUCGCUGGACAAGCUUGAGGACUAUUGGGAUGUGGCGACAUUCUUCGAGAUCAGCGUCCUGGCUGAGGACUAUGGCAAGGCCGUGCAGGCCGCAGAGUACAUGUUCAAGCUCAAGCCUCCUAAUUGGUACUUGAAAUCCACCAUCGGGAACAUCACGCUGAUCCAGCGGUCGCGCAAGAGAUCUGAGGUCAACAAAGAGGAAACUGUCAUCCAGCGCAAAUUCAACUUCUGGGUGGACUUCUUCAUGGACGCCACCAAAGUGGACCCUGGAGACCUCAUCAGGUUUCCGGUGUUCAUCUUGGAACAAACGCGUCGUGACGAGCCAAGCUUCUACCAGCCCAGCUACGUGACUGUCAACUUAGGGGCGGAGGAAGCGUCUCUGCAGCUCCAGAACCUCUGCAUAGACAAGAACCUGCGUGAGUGCCGCAAGGUCCACGACUGGGUCUUUGUCGCCUCCAGCAUCAAGGGCAUCACGCAAUACAAGCGAGACGAGCGCGCCGUGUUCCUGUACGUAGACAGCGACGACUUCCAGAUGUUCUUCCCUUCAGAGCUUCUGUGCAGCCUCUUCUACAAGCACGUGCUGCAGCUCACGGCUAACAACAAGACCACCGUCCUGGACAUGGAGGCUGAUCUUGCUGGGGGACCUAUACAGUACGAGUACGAGUUGGACGACUGCAACAAGCGCGUGCUGCUGGGCAAGGGCACGUACGGUCUGGUGUACGCGGCGCGGGAGCUCAGCAUGCAGGUGCGCAUCGCCGUCAAGGAGGUGCCUGAGAAGAAGAUCAACGAGGUGCAACCGCUGCACGAAGAGAUCAAACUUCACUCGGAACUCCGGCAUCGUAAUAUUGUUCAGUAUCUUGGGACGGUGUCUGAAGAUGGUUACUUCAAGAUAUUCAUGGAGAGGGUAGGCAGUCGUGUCCCGCCAGCCCUUCAUUUGAACAGAAAUAAAAGUGAACGUGAAGUGUGUGCCGAGUUGAGUGUCAAGCCGAAAGCUAAGAAUUUCGUGAACUUUGUGUCAACAUUGAGGAUAGUCGACAAAAUACUUUGUGGUGGCCGACAUUCCGUGCCCGUGAUACCUGCCUGUUACUUGCCGCAACUGACCGCUGAUUUUCACAGAGCCGCUGGACACGUCGGACGAGACAAGACGAUCGAGGCCAUCUCUCGUUAUUACUUUCAUCCCCGUCUCGCAGCUAUCGUGACGUACGUGGUGAGACGGUGCAGGGUGUGUCAGCGCUACAAGGGCAGACCCAAGGGCGGAGCACCGCUGUAUCGACGACAUCCAAAGGCUCCUUACGAAGAUUUCGCUGUGGACUUGCUGGAACUUCCGCCUGGCAAGGGCAACGUGAAGUAUCUCCUGGUCGGAAUUGAUACAUAUACUAAGUUUGCCAGCGCUGUGCCACUGCGAAACAAGAGGUCAGACACAGUUGCUAGAGCUUUGGAAGAACGAAUCUUCAGUACUCUCGUGAAGCUUCCUGAAACAGUUACGUCCGACAACGGCCCUGAGUUCAGAGGACGUCCGUUUGUAGAAAUGCUCAAGAGAAAUGGUGUGAAGCAUUUCAAGACCAUUCCCUUCGCACCAAGCUGUAACGGAAGUGUUGAGCGAUUAAAUUCCACCCUGAAGAGUUUGCUAGCAGUAGCCGGAGCAGAAAACCAAGCUCCAUGGACCGAAAACAUCACUCGUGUUUUGAUAAUCUACAACCACACCGUUCACUCGCAGACUGGACGUGCACCAGCUGAUUUCUUCACGGAAGCAGCUGCCAAAUUACCGAUUCCAUUCACUGAACCAUAUUGGCGUCCUCCAACUAAAUCAUUUACUCCAUUCGUCGUGGGUCAAAGAGUAGCGAGGAAACUUCCUCAAUUGCCUUCUCAAAACAAGCUUUCACCCAGGUUUUCCGGUCCUUUCGUUGUGACAGAAGUCGAUCCUAACCUCAUUACGUAUCGAAUAGCGACCACGGACAGAAAACAUCAGAAGACAGUUCAUUUUAAUCAACUAAAACCUUGGCACGGAGAAGAUGAGGCGAUACAGCAAAGACAUGGAGCGGCACGUCAGCACAGACCAGCAACGAGCAGCCGUCGCCAACUAGAGAGGCCCGAAGUAGCAUCGCAGAGCAGCGCCUUGGGCGCGUUUUCGGUUCCGCCGAUAGCGACGAGUGAGGGGCACAACUUCGGCGAAUUUAGAAUUAAUCUCUCUGGGUUGGCUGAUAAGAUAGCGGCGGCAAUACGACAACGGGCAAACGACCAGCCGAGUAACGUAACAGCAAACGAUGAGACAGAGGAGCAGCGAGAAGAGCCACUUUCAGAGUUGGAAGAAGACGAACAAGUCAGCCUUGAAUGGGAACAUCUGAGCGACGGGCUCGAGGAAGUUCUUGAGAAUUAUACGCCUUCGCCUGAUCCAGCGGUCGACAACCUGACGUCACCCGAGCCUGCGGUGAGCAGCGGAGCGUCAACGGUGGUGCCGACGACUCAACCCAGAGCCACGACGCGUUCUCAGACUAGAAGAGUCGUGGAAGACUUAGUCAAGGCGCUGACCUUGAAUGCUGGACGAGAGAGCGACUUCUUAAGAGCCGCUGAUACUCCCUACAGCUACCUUUACCUGAUUUUACUGAUUUUAAACCAAGUGAUUCAAUAA